AAUGAUCGAGAGACAAGGCAUCUUAAAACUCAUUCGAGCUUUUUUGGAUGCUGCAGGAAUGUUCUUAAGGCUACAAUUGACGUGCCAAAGGCAGGAGAGGUCAACUUCCACUGCACCCACCUUGACCAUCUCGAUGAGAACUGGCGGAUGAAGCAAAUAGAUGCCAUAAUACAAUCAAGUGAUGCUCCUCAUAUCUUAGCUGGAGGUCUUAAUUCCCUCGACGAGACAGAUUACUCUGAAGAGAGGUGGACAGACAUUGUAAAGUACUAUGAGGAGAUGGGAAAGCCAACACCAAAAGUUGAAGUAAUGAGUUUCAUGAAGAGUAAACAUUACAGUGAUGCCAAGGACUAUGCAGGAGAAUGUGAAUCAGUAGUCAUUUUAGCUAAAGGCCAAAAUGUGCAAGGGACUUGUAAGUAUGGGACUCGAGUAGAUUACAUACUGGCAUCUCCAAAUUCCCCCUACAAGUUUGUUCCAGGGUCAUACUCGGUGUUUUCUUCUAAAGGGACUUCUGAUCAUCAUAUUGUGAAAGUUGAUAUCGUAAAAGCAAGGUGCAGCAGUCAAGAAAAAACCGCUAGAAAGAAACGGCAACCUAAACAGAAAGUUGUAAAGGUAACCGACAGUUCUCCGACAAAAGGUAUAUGGAAAACACACACAUGAGAGAAGACAGAUUUUUUCACCUUUUCUUUUGUUGGUACAUAAAUUAUUUCAGUCUUGGUUUGGUUUCCUGGUGUAAAAGAGGAGCUGGGGAUGGCGAUGUUAGACCCGCUUCCACCCAGCUCUCUCAUGCACUUUGUAAAUCUUGUAACUUCGGAUUAGCUAGGUUAAAAACUCAUGAGCGAGAUGGUAUUUGGUGUGCUUCCUAUCUAAUUGCAUAGCUUGUAUUGGAAAACUGAGCAUGCUGAAACUCCAGUAAGAAAGAAAUUAGACUUUAUUGGUUCUUCCCUUUU